AUGUAUCUACGGGCUUCGGACUGGGACUUCCAGGGCCUGCGCAGUAACUUCGAGUGGACUUCGUAUGGCCGGUUCGUGGUUUCAAACCAGGGAACAGUUCGCUUCCAGCUCUUGAACCGGGUUGACAUUGCUGGCAAGGUGUCGGUUGGAAGCGCUCGGGUGAUGGCCCACAAGAUGCAGCUUAAACCCCAUCACGAGCGUAAGGAGCGCCCGAAUGUGCACCUGUUUCCGGUGGUGCACGGCGAAUACGAGGGCGAGGAGGAAGCAGUUUGUACGACUGCAGCAGAUAUUAGUUCGGAAGAAGAAUUUCGAGGAUUUCCGGUGAUGGCUGGAGGAAAAAGAAGAAAAAGAAGUGCGCUUACGGCAGAAUUGCCUGAAGAGUAUCCACGUAGAUCAAAAAGGCUCAGAAAGCCGAUUCAUGAUUUGAAUUAUCAAUAUAAUUAGUGAAUUCAGAAGACUAGGAUUUUUUUUUAAAUUAAAUAAUCAUUAAAAGUGAUAUCAGAGAAUUAGGAAAAAAAAAAAAAACAAAUUCGAUCAGAUAAAUUAACUAAAUUGAAUUGUAUUCAUUAGAAAUCUUUCUUGCUAAAAGAGGGAGGAGUUGUUAUGUACACCCCUCGUUCGUUGUACUAAAUUAGAACGCAAAUGUCAAACGUAGAGCGUAACGUUCUGAAACGACUUCGCUGUGAGGUUGAAUAAAUCUUUCCCUUUUAUCAUCUAGAACUCAAA